AUGAUUGAGAAAAAUGUGUCCUCAAUUAAUGUCAUUGUUUCUAGAAAGUCAUUACUUUUGUUAUUCACAAUGACAUCAACCUUAUUUCUAAUGUCUUGGUUCUUUGUUUUGGGUUCCACAAGUCAACCUCAAUCCAUUGACAUCGAGUUAAUACCCAAUUCGAGACGUUUCUCGAAUAAUAACAACGACUAUGCUACGUGGACACCAGAAAAAUAUGUCGAGCCCUCGGUCGGAAACCGGGCAAUCCUUGUGAAUAGUAAAGAUGCAUCAUCAUCAUCAUCACAAGAUUCAUAUGAUGAAGGUAAAUGCAACAAAAAUAAUGAGGAAGUUGUUAUCAAGAUUUUCAUGUAUGAUUUACCAUCAAAGUUCCACUUUGGACUCUUGGAUUGGAAAGAGAAGAAUAGUGUUUGGCCUGAUAUUAGAGGAGCAAUACCUGGUUACCCAGGAGGAUUGAAUUUGCAACAUAGUAUAGAGUUUUGGCUGACAUUGGAUCUACUAGCUUCGGAAAUUCCUAAUGCUCCAAAGGCUAGUUCUGCUGUUCGAGUUCAUAAUUCAAGUGAAGCUGAUAUCAUAUUUGUGCCCUUCUUUUCAUCUCUAAGCUAUAAUCGCUACUCCAAGAUCAAUCAACAUGGACAAAAGAGUAGGAAUAAGGUACUACAAGAAGAGCUAGUGGAGUAUCUGGCAGGGCAAGAACUUUGGAAGAGAUCAGGGGGAAAAGAUCAUUUGAUUUUGGCCCACCAUCCCAAUAGUAUGUUGGAUGCAAGAGUGAAAUUGUGGCCUGCAACUUUCAUACUUUCAGAUUUUGGAAGAUAUCCUCCAAACAUAGCCAAUGUUGACAAGGAUGUCAUUGCACCCUAUAAACAUGUUAUCAAUUCCUAUGUCAAUGAUACUUCCACCUUUGAUUCUCGUCCAACGUUACUCUAUUUUCAAGGAGCAAUAUAUAGAAAAGAUGGAGGCGUUGCACGGCAAGAGCUAUUUUAUCUCUUAAAAGAUGAAAAGGACGUACACUUCUCAUUUGGAAGCGUUCAGAAAGAUGGAAUUCAGAAAGCCACCCAAGGCAUGAGAUCUUCAAAGUUUUGCCUCAACAUCGCCGGCGACACUCCUUCCUCCAACCGCUUGUUCGACGCCAUUGCCAGCCACUGUGUCCCCGUCAUCAUCAGCGACGCAAUCGAGCUCCCAUACGAGGAUGUUCUCGACUACUCCGACUUUUGCUUGUUCGUUCCCACAAGAGAUGCUAUUCAGGGAAACUAUCUCAUAAAUUUGAUCAGGAAUGUUACCAAAGAUGAGUGGACCAGAAUGUGGAACGGGUUGAAAGAAGUGGAAGCGUUCUUUGAGUUUCAGUUUCCAUCAAAGGAGGGUGAUGCUGUUCAAAUGAUUUGGCAAGCAGUUGCACGUAGAGUUCCUGCUGUAAGAUUGAAGAUGAACAAGUCUAAGAGAUUUUCUCGCUGUCCUUCUACUACUACCUCUGAUAUAGUGGAAAAGUCCAUACAUGUACCAAGUAAUUUUUGGUGA